AUGGCAAAUCAUAUGGACAAAGACUUCCCUAUUGUUAUUGUGGGUGCGGGCGUCUUCGGCCUCAGUAGUGCUAUUCACUUGGCAAAACGAGGAUUCCAGGAUGUCACCGUCUUCGAUCGACAGCCAUACCAUGAGACACACUACAAUUUUGAUAGAGGAUGUGAUGCUGCCUCCGCAGACUGCAACAAGAUCAUCCGUGCCGCCUACGGUGGCAUGUCCAGGAAGGACCCCAUAUACGUCAACAGCGGUAAUUAUCACUUCAGCGAUGAAACCAACGGUCUCAAUGAGUUCGAGAAAUUGUCGGUAGAUAACCUCACCAAAGCCGGAAAAGGCCACACGCAAUAUCUCCUGUAUUCUGAUCCUCGCGAAGCCAAACGAGCCAAAGCGGAUGGGGUGGGCCACGCCGUGGACCCGUUCAAGCUCUGCCAGAACGGCAAGUAUCAGGGGUAUCUUGAUAUGAUGGGUGGAUUUGUCUACGCGGACAAAGCAUGCAGAUACGCUCUCCAUCUAGCUCAACAGCUAGGCGUGAAAUGCAUCCUGGAUCGACAAGCCGGUCGUUUUGAGGGUUUCUUAGAAGAUCCAACCGGCAAAGUAACUGGCAUCAAAACCGCGAACGGCAACAGCCACCUCGCCGCUGUAACCAUCAUUGCCUGCGGAGGGUGGACCCCUAGUCUGCUCCCCGAGAUCGACGGACUAUGUGAGGCCACGGCCGGGUCGAUCGCCAUGAUCCAGAUUCCCGACGGGUCUCCGCUUCGUGAGCGGUUCGCGCCAGAGAACUUCCCCGUCUUCCAGUGGAAUGCGCACUGCGGCGAGAACGGCAAUUUGUAUGGGUUCCCACUGGAUGAGCAUGGCGUGAUGAAGAUUGGGUAUCGGGGGACGAAGUAUACGAACCCUCAGCUGGUUCAGUCGGGCAAGGUCCGCAGUCUCCCAAUUACCAAGUGGACGUCGCCUUCUAUUACGGGGUUGCCUGAAACCUCGUCCCUGGUGAUCCAGAGGUUUCUAGAUCGGUACCUCCCCGAGUUCAAGGCGACUGGCAUCGGAAUCUCACAGACGAGAUUGUGUUGGUAUACGGAUUCCUUUGAUAAUCAUUGGGUCAUCGAUGCCAUUCCCAGCAAGAAAGGGGUCAUCGUCGCGACGGGUGGGAGUGGCCACGCAUUCAAAUUUCUCCCCCUGCUUGGAGAGUUCGUCGCGGACAAGGUGAUGGGGAUUGAGUCGGACAUGCUGCACAGGUUCCGCUGGCGGAAACCGCAGCCUGGAGAGGAAACUCAAAACAAACUCAUGAAGGGCUUCGACGAUGUAAACGCACUACACAAGGUACAGAUGGUGGAUGACAUCACGCUCAGCCCUCAGUCAAAGCUCUAG